CAGCUCCAGCCAAUAGGUAAUCUCUACUCCCCACCAACCUUAGAGCUUCCAGCUCAAAAAAAUCUCCCGCCUCAGCCUCGCGGACGGAAACAUCUGUGUAAUACGACGGGACGAUUCUAUACUGCUAGUUACGCUUUAGACAAGAGGAUAGUCAAGUCUAGAUACGUAGAUACGUAGAUACUCGACUCUCUUCAUAAUUAUCCAGGGGCCAUAUCCCCCCUUCCCUCUCUUUUUCUUCUUCUUUUCUUCUUCCUACCACCCUCACAACCAACCAACCAACCAUGGCAUCAUCCACAACGCAACACCUCCUCCUCUCGCCCGCCGAGCUAGCCUACCUGCACACCGCCCUCUCCCUCUCGCCCCCCAUCCGCCCCGACGGCCGCACCGCAGCCCAAUUCCGCCCACUAACAGCCGAAACCGGUGUCCUGCCCGCCGCCAACGGCAGCGCGCGCGUGUGUUUCGCAGACGGCACCGAGGCCGUCGUCGGCGUGAAAGCCGAGGUCGAGAAGCGCCGCGUCCUGCCGCUUAGCCGCGUGUACUACGAGAACAAGGAGCUGCGACGUAAGGGGGGAGAGGCACAGGAUGAGCAGAUACAAGAAGACAGUGGGCUAGAUGGGGAGGAUGCAGUGUCAGGCGAGAACGAUUGGGUCGAGAUCACGGUUGAGAUCCCCGGGUACAGGGACGACGACAGCAGCACUGUGUUCUUAGCUACUAUGCUGAGCGAGGCGCUGCUGGCCGACGGCGAGUUCACCAAGAAGUUAUGGAUCAACCGACGAUUCCACUGGAAGCUAUAUAUUGAUAUCAUCCUCAUCUCCCCGCCCCUAUCCUACCCGCUACCCCUCCUCAGCCUAACGACGCAUCUCGCGCUGCUCUCUACGCGCCUACCCAGGUUAAAAUCCGAAGCGGACGAGGAUCCCAUGUUCGACGACGACUGGGACGCCUCGCAAUUCAUAUAUCCGCGACAGAGCAGCGAUACAACGUCCGCCACGGUUGGUUCGCGACCGCCUGUCACCCUGCUAGUUAUGGCCGUAGGCGACAAUAUCAUUUUCGACCCGUCGAAGGAGGAGUUAGCCGUCGCAGACUCAGCGCUCGCGGUCUCGGUGGGCGAGAGGAAUGUAUCUAGUGACGAGGCGUCGGAAACGAUGGACGUGGAUGGCGAACUGCAAACGGGCAGACACCUGCGACUUUUGUCGGUGCGAACGAUAGACCCGCCCUCGCGGCUAACAGCGCCGGGGGUACCCAAUGCGGUGAACGCAGCAGCGUGGGGGCAGGGCGCGCCCGCGGCCAAGGAUCCGGGAGCCCGGGCGGCGGAGACGGACGACGUAGAGGGUGUGUGGAAGGCGCCGAGGGGAGGAACUAAGGUAGCUGUCCUCGGGGCCAUGGUGCAAAAGGUACUAGAAAAGGGGGGCAUAGCAGACGAGGUAUUGGACGGUCUAGACGCUGUCGACUUGGGAUAGCUCUUUUUCGCGAAAUUACGAUACCAUGAAAUUAAUACCUGCCUUGUCCUGGAGCAGAGAGAGAGAGAUUCUGAAUAUUCUAGGGGGAUGGAACCCAUGCUGGCCAUACGCCUAAUAAGUAACGGCUACUAUCUUUCUCCACGCUCCUUCGUACUUCCAUUCGUCCCCUUGCUUAAAAUAUCCCGAGGAACUUCUUGCGCUUGCCAUCCGGAGUGAACUCAGCCGCAGCUAGGUUAGGCUCGGGCGCAGCAGACUCGACGAUCGGGACCGGUUCGG